UGCGGCGCUAGAUAAGCCUCCCUCCGCCGUGAGCCACCGCCUCCUCCUCCUCCUCCUCCACCUCUCUCUCUUUCUCUCUCUCUUUCUCUCUUUGCUUCGUCAUCUUUGUAAAGUUGCAGGUGGUAGUUUGUUUCUACUUCGAAACAAGUCGGAUUCGUAUGGCUUCUUCCACCGCAACUUUGUUCCUCCUGCCUCCAGCAAUCUACGACCUCCGCCAGCGAGCCAAACCUAAGGCCGCGCCGCCUUCUUCUGCUCUGAGAUGGAACCCUUUGUUCCUCAGUUGCAAUCGCCUCCCGAAAUGUCGGUUCUUCCCCCCUCCGGCCCAAGAUAAUCUUGGUAUAGUUUCGUCGUGUUCUUCCUCUUCCGAUGGGGUGGCAGAGGGCGAGGAAAUACAGCGGCAAAAACCAAAAUCUGGCGGCGGCGUUUCCUCCUUGAGUUCGCUUCUUGAAGCCUUCAGUGCUCCCAGUGGUCCGCCGCUGGUUGCCGUCUUAUUGGGUGUCUUUUUGAUUGCUGCCAGUCCCUGCGCCGCCCUUUUGUCCGCCGCAUCCUCCUUCCCAUGCCAUCUCUCCUAUUCUUCUUGGUGUCACACGGUGCUCUCCUCUUUUCACAUCAGUUCUACUCAACUUGAAAAUGGCCUCGAUAACUUCGUUCUUUCUCUUCUGCUGAUGGGUUCUGCAGCCGUGACGUUGGUCGCUGGCUUCUUCUCAGAUAAACCUAAGCUUCAGGUGAGCACGCCUGAUUCAUUUGCACUUGCUCUUUAUUGGUCAUUUGAGAAUGAAGAUAAAGCCAUCCUAGAGGAAUCGAGGAGUGCGCGAACAGAUUAUUUUGCUUCCCAAACUUUCUUCAAAAAUCAGGGAGAUGCACUUGGAAUUUCAUCCCUUAAGGGGAGAAAGUUCGUUAUGAAGUGGAACAAUCAACAUGCCAAAAGACAGAUCCUUCAAAGCCUUUCUCUUGAUGAUAUACGUAGGCGUUUCAUGACGGCAGUUGCUACUACCAGCCCACGAUGUCUUAUUCCUUCUGACUGUGAUGCCAAGAUAGUACUUGUUUCCGACUCGGAUGCUCAAGAGGUUCAAGUUGAAUCAACAAAUGAUGAGGAUGAAAUUGAUGAGAGAGAAAGAUUGAGAAGGGCAAGGAUUUCUAAAGCAAAUAAGGGGAAUGUCCCAUGGAACAAGGGAAAAAAACACAGUGCAGAAACACUUCGGCGCAUCCGAGAGGGGACCAAAUUAGCAAUGCAGAACCCAAAGGUUAAAAUGAAAUUAACAACUUUGGGGCAUGCUCAAAGUGAGGAAACGAGAGCGAAGAUUGGUGCAGGAGUGCGUGAGGGUUGGCGUAGAAGACGACAAAGGCUGUCAGUGCAGGAUGGUUGCUUUUUUGAAUGGAAGAACAUUAUAGCUGAAUCUGCUAGAAAGGGUUCUGCUGGUGAAUACAAGCUGCAAUGGGAUUCAUUUAAUACGCAGGAAAGACAACUAAAGCAGGAGUGGUUGGAGAGCAUCGAGAAGAGGAAACAAAUGCCUAAACCCAAAGGGAACAGUCGAGCACCAAAAUCGCUUGAGCAGCGUAGAAAGAUUUCAGAAGCAAUCUUGGCCAAAUGGACUGAUCAAGAAUAUCGAGCUCGAGUUUGCAGUGCGUUGAACAAGUAUCAUUCCACGUCUAAUCCAAGAGAAAGAAAUCAAAGAAAACCUAGUAGCACACCUCGUACGAGUGACACAGUGCCAAAGAAAACCACAAAAUCCAAUAGCAUCACAAAAGUGAACAUAAGCCCUAAGCAAGUAGGGUCAAAGACAAGAAAGAACUCCACUCCUUCAUACAAAGACCCUAUGGCAAGUUAUAAAUUCAAAAUUCUAAAGAAAAUAAAGGAGCAGCGAACAGCAAAGGAAGCAAAAGAUGCCACUGAAAAGGCAAAGCUGCUAAUUGCUGAAGCUGAGAAGGUUGCAAAAACCCUUGAGAUGGCUGCGCCGAAGAGUUCACUUGCACAGGCUUCACUUAUGGAAACCAGAAUGCUCAUUGCCGAGGCAAGACGAUCCAUUGAGAUCAUAGAGGCUGGAACAUUGACAAUGCAGGAGUUUAGAGAUGAAAAAUCUUUAGACUCCAGUGGAAAAUUAAAUCAUUUCCAGUCCAGUUCAGGGCUACCGAACACUGAAAAAUUAGAUCAAAGGCCUGUAAAUGGUUUCCAUCAUCCAAUCUCCACUGAAACUCGCCCAAAAUAUAUGAAUUUCAACAAGUUAUCAUCGGAAACUGCAGUGAAUGGUUGGACACCGUCAAUGGCAACCCAAAACACAGAAUACAUGGAAGUUGGUUUGACUUUGGACACUGAAAGUGUGGCCAAGGGAGUAGAAAACAGCAACGGCUCAUUUAUCAGUAGGUCAAAAAAAUAUGAAGCAGAUCCUUCAAAAGGGGAUAGUGAAGCACCAGGAGUGGAAACUAGUCUACCUACCAGCACAUUUCCUGUGAAAUCUAAGAAGAGAUGGUUUCACGGAAGACUAGUUGAAGUUGAAGAAGAUGGGGUUACAGAGCAUAAUAGAAUAGGAAAGAACAAAUAGAGAUUUUGUCCAUGAGAGUGUUUCAUACUGAUAUUUGAUGUCUGAAAGCUCAGUUCUUUGUAAAUUUUGGCUGCGCAAGCUCUGGAUUAGUGACCUUGGUCACAGUGAUCAUUACUGAACUUCAAAGGAUGAGCCAAUAGAAAACAGUCUUCGAUUUUUUCAGCUAAUUUCAUCAUGGGGGAAGUAUGCUUGCAGGAUCAUUGGUUCCAGGACUCAUGAUCAGUAACUUCUGAUACAUAUAUUUGUGCAUUUAUCUAGAUGUUGUAGAACAAGUUUCGACCUUGAGAAGAAUGUUUUAUGUAUCCAGACUAUAGUUCUGCAAUUUUGCUGAGUUAGAGUAAAUUCUCUAACGACCAACAACAGCACUGUUAUAAAAAUUCGAUCCAUCGGUCGCACAUUAUUGUUAGCAUGUUUUUGGUAAAUAUGGUUGUGAAGUGAUACAUAACUUUAAAGGUUCAUUGAAA